UAAUUUCGGUCGGCCAUUUUGUUGGCCAGGUGUCGGUCUUUUCAAAACGAAAAACAACGUUUUUAUCUGUCAGAACUUUUAUUUAUCUACUUAUUGCUGCUUCAAGGAGUGCCCUGAAUCAUUUGGUACCUUGCACGAGGUUUGAAGAGAGUGGAUUUUCGCAUUUCUAAGCGAAAGCCAGUCUUGGCUGCAUUCACGUGUUCAGGUGAGCUUUCCAAAGCCGGUCUGUUGUUACUACUGCUGUGUAUUUUGUAGCAUUUUGCAUGCUUCUUUUUAAAAUCGAGUGACGUAUUGUUUGCUGUCGUUAAUCUUUGUUCCUAUAGCAGCAUAUCAUGUACUGCAUGUUCAGAGGGAAAUUUGAGCCAAAAAUUUAGUUAUAAUACAUACAGUCUGUUUAGUUUCUCACAAUUCGAUGCUUUCUGAGACAGACAGAUCUAAGUUUGAGGAAACAUAGAGACUGGUUGAAAGUGGGGAGUCACUGUGUUAAAAAGAUCAGCCAUUAACUGCUUUGUUACCCAGCCACAAAAAAUACAAUAAUAUUAAACAAAGGAAAUUAAUAGCUGAUUUGCAUCCUGUAAAGAACACAUACUGUAUCAUCUUAAAACCACUUGAUCAGCAAUAAUUUCUAGGGAACCUGCAACAGUUUAACAAUAGUGAGUUUAAACAACUACAAUAGUGAUGCCAACUGUAUAAACAGUAGGUCUGAAAAGUAAAACCCUGCAUUUUUCCUGCUUAACAGCAUUAGAGAGAUUUAGAGUCAUGUUUACAGGAAAUGUCAAAUGUGAAUUUCUGCCACAUGACCAAGUUUUCCCGUCAAACAUGUCUUCAACUGUUCUUUACUUGAACAAAAAAAUAAGUGCCGUAUAUUUUCGGUUAUAAGGCACACUCAGUUAUUAAGAUGCACGGCAAACUUUUCAGUGCAAUUUUUCUAAAUUAACAAACUGAAAAUUAAACCAAAAUACCAGGCUAUAAGGUGCAGCCAUGAUUUUGGUGAUGUUCACCUUAACUACGACAGCAUGCUUUCCAACAACGCUUAUUACGGCCAUUCACCUAUGUGAUCAAAAGAGAAAAAGGUUACAUAUUUCGAUCAAAAGUGAAAAAAAAAAACCUAUCAACACAAAAGGCAUUGUUUUCUAAAGUUGUGAAUACUUAGGGAAUCCGUUUUUGGUUAAUAAACAAGUCAGCUGUCUUGGCUGGGGCAUACUGACAUCGAUACAUACAUUGGUAGUAUCAAGAUAAAAUUGAUGGCAUAAUACAUGAGUCUGAACAAUUUUGUUUAUUAACUGCCAAACCUGUAAGAUUAGGCCCUUGUUAAUCAAAAUAACUGUGAUAAAAGAGCUCUCACAGUUCUGUUGACAGAUUUGGGAGCUUUCUUUGGGAAAUAAAGGUAUGAAACAAGUGCAAGAUUCCAGUGUAGAAGUGACUCUAAACGAAUUUGACUUAAUUUUGUGUUGUUGCCCGAAGAUACUUGGUUAUAAGACGCACCCCAAAAUUACAACAGAUUUUAUAGAGCUACAUGUAUCAAGCAAACUUUCAUUGAAAAAAUGCUGCGCCUUAUUUAAAGCAAAAAAAUAUGGUAGUUUCACAUUAUUUUCAUCCAUAAGAAUAAAUUGUUUUAGACUGUUUUUAUCUGCUCAUUUUCUGUUUUAAGAAAUUCUCAACUUGGGUCUGCCAUUUGCCAGUUGCCAUAAAUGUCAAUCUAAAUCUAUCUAUUGUUGAGUUCUCUGAUUGAAGGCAGGGUGCAAAGAAAAUCAUUUUUACAGCUUGCCAUUCGGGCAAGCUAAAGCUAACAUUUACUAGCCCAGAUGUCAUUUUAACUAGCCCCAAAAGCUUUGUGAAGAGCAGAGUUAAUUUCACAGUUCUUCUGUUAUUCAGUUUCCUCAAAAAAGAUCACUUGCCUAUCGGGCAAGUUAAUAACAGAAUUCACUAGCCCGAUAGCAAAUUCCACUAGCCCCGGUUUAUCGGACACUACUUUCUUUGCAUGCUGUUGAAGGCUUUACCUGUGACUUGAACUUAUGAUGAUUUCUUUCCCUCUCUCUCCACGCCAGUCUUUGUUCUCACUAAUAUACUUAUUCCCUUAGUUAGACUGUUUUGUCCACUGAUUUGUUUCAAUGGUGCAAUAGAGAGAGUCUAUCAUUCAUAAAAGAUGCCAAUCUUGCCUUGGAACCUCAUGUGUAAUCAAAAUAUACUGAAAAGCAAACACAACAAAAAAACUCUCAACAAUCUACUUUGAAUGAACUGGCAAUUGCAUGCUAAAAUAUAAACAAUUUUGAUCCAAAAGAAAAGUCUGCCUUAAAUGAUUUGUUCAGUAGGCCAUAGAUUUUUUCAGGUGCUUUGACUACCAGACUUUUUUACUCUUUUGAGUAACAAUAAAACAAGCUACUAUGUUGUUAAUAAAUAAAGUUGUUGUUUUGUUUAUUAAGCCAAGUUUAGAUCUUACAUGUAGUAUCAUUUGGAAACUGUUUCAACUGCAUUAUUGUUGAUUAUUUUCCAGGCUUUUAGUUUGCUCUUUCAUCCUGGACUUCUGAUGCGAAGAAGGGGAGGACCUCCGCCAAGGGGACAUUUUGACGGGCCAUACCCUCCGCGACCACCUCCGGAUUAUUAUGAUGGCUUUGGACCACCCCCAUCUCCACCAUGGGAACGCCGAGACCCUUAUGGUUACCCCCCAUCACCACCACCACCUCCUCCUGGACCACCCCGAGGUUGGUAUGAUCGACCGUUAACUCCACCACCUCUGUGGCUUAGAGAUGAUGAUCUGCCUCCUCCUCCCCCUCCAAGACGCCCUCCACCAUCAUCAUUUGCUGAUGAUGAUUUUUACCCCCCUCCACCUCCAUUUCGUUCUAAUGGUCCACCCAGGGGAAGAGGAAGAGGAGAGGGGCGAGGUGGUAGCCAAGGGCGAGGUAGGGGUGAUGCCCCAACCUCACGUGGGGGAAGUCAAGGAAGGGGUUCUGCUACUAGAGGAGGAAGUAAUAGCAGGGGAACAAGAGGAGCUACUAGUUCACGUGGAUCGUCAAGUGGCAGAGGGGGAUUUAGAGGAGGAAAUAAUUCAUCCAGGGGUACUCCUGGUAGAGGGGCAGCUAGAGGGACAAGUUCAGUGCGCGGUAUGGCAAAUGGAAGAGGCGGAAAUGCUUCAAACAGUGGAACAGCCACGUGGUUGAAUAAAGCAAGAGGUGAUGCUCAAACAGGAAAUGUUGGAAACAGCAGCAACCAGUCUGUUGUCCAAACUGAGAACACACCACAAACUACUAAUGCGACAAAGACUGCAAACAUGAAUAAUUACCAAAGUUAUUCUAUGUUAAAUAAGGCCAAAAAGGAACAAAAGAAAGUAGAGAAUACUGUGCUGAAAGGUGGGUAAUAGCGCAAUAUUUGAAUAUUUUAGAGUUCUUGUUAUGUGUUAGAAUAAGGACAGGUAUGCACCUUAAGUGUGUGUGUCACAGGUCAAAAUUAAAUCCAGGUUACAUUUUUUUAAUCUAUGUUGAUUCUCAGUUUUCUUUGUCUCCUAGCCCUAAUUCAUGAAUAAUAAUACAAGUAGGGCUAUGAGACAAAGGAAGGUGAGAAUCAAUGCAUGUUAGGAAAUUUUAACCUUAUAUUAAUUUCGACCUGUAACAUAUGCCACAACUAUACAGGGAUAUGUAAGGCUGUCUCUUACCAAAAUCCCAAGGAACUUUAAAGUUUUUGUCGGAAGUCUUAACUUGAAAGUGAGAUACAGUGUGCAAAGAAAGUCAUGUCUGACAGCCCGUGGCUAGUGGAUUUUGCUAUCGGGCUAGUGAUUUUUGUUCUUAACUUGCCCGACGGAGAAAAUCAAAUUACAGAAGGAUUGUAAUCAAUCCUGCUUAUCAUAAAGAGUUUUGGGGCAAGUUGAAAUGCCUUGUAGGCUAGUACAUGCUAGCUACAGCUUGCCUGAAUGGCAGGCUAUAAAACUGAAUUUCUUUGCACCCUGGAGAUAUGACUUUGCAAGACCAUGAGACCAAAGGCUAAGACUUAAGUGUUUAAGGCUAGUUCAAGACUUAUUUUGGCAAGUAUAGAUUUAACAAAUCAAUCACAAUUUUUCAUGGUCUGUAAUCUUGUCGACCAUAGAAAUGACAUCAGAAUGGUCAAUACUCAAGUGAACCAUGAGUUACAGGCCAUGGAAAUUUUUUGUCGAUUUGGUUUUUACAAUAACAUUGACAGUUUUUAAUGUCAUUUUCCAUCAACAUUUCUGGGAAAUUUGUGAGCGCGACAAGGACAAAAACAAAUUGCGCCACCAUCACGUCAUUCCCAUGGUUGUACUCUCACCGAACAAAGCUCUCGACCAAUCAGCGUGAAAGAAGUUGUUCAGUUAUUGUAAAAUAAUAUUUUGUUACAUAAUUGUAGUUGUGGUUGUUGUGCUACCUCUUUAUAGUUUGAUAGGAGAGGUUUGAAUUCUACUUGUUUUCAAUAUCGCUUUCCAGCUGCUAUUCCUGGGCAGUUAAACUUCAUUUCAUUCAAGAACAGUCUUCAGGAAUGUUGUCAAAAACAGCAAUUACCAGUUCCUGCUUACAAGUCUUGGAAGUUCAGCUAUGGCUAUGCAGCCAAAGUGGAAGUAGCUGGAAACACUUUUAAAAGUACUGGAGUACAAGGAGAUCAGAAAGAAGCACAGCAGAAUGCAGCGUACAAUGCCUUGGUAGGCCUUGGAUUGAUUGACUCCACAGUUCCAUUUGAUGUCAAAACUGCUGCAGGUACAUUGUAUAUUAUUUUUUCACUUUAGUACUUCAAACAUAGAAAGUGUACCACACAUAAUUUUCCUUGUCAUUAUCAUCAAAGUUCCUGAAUUUUGUUUGCUCAAUGAUUUUUUUUGCCUAUAUCAACCCCUCAUGCCACUAGCCCAAGCCCAUUAUCAAGGUAAAAAUUCACUUUUAGUAGUUAGUCCUUAAGCACCAACAUCCACCUAAAAAUUAUCCAAACUGAUCUUUAUACAUAUUUUUCCCAAUAGACUACUUGAGAAAAUUCGAUAAGUAGGUUGAUUAUGAUCGUCCAGGUGAACAUAGUCCUAAAUAGGACUGUCAUUGACAGUGACUAAUGUUUCAACAACCUGUGCGGUAGUCAUCUUCAGAGUCAAAGUGAGUUGUAUCACAUGAGUUGAUGGUAUGAAACUUAUUGACCUGAUUAGUCAAUUAAGUCAUGAUGUUAUUGGUCGUCUGUCAGUUAAGCCAUGAUGUUAUUUGCUUGUGAAUUUAGUGACAGAUCAAAGUGUUUUCUUUGUGGUGAUCAGUUUAUUAAUUCACAUACAGUCAAAGCUCUCUUAAGUGACUACCUGGGAAAUUUGAAAAAGUGGUGGUAACUAGAGCUAGUUGCUUACGAGAAUGAGCUCUGGUAAGCUACCACAUAUUAUUUUACAUGGUAAAACAGUACAGGGUUGUCGCUUACAAGAGCAUCAGAAACUCGUUCAUAAAGAAAAUUAAAAGCAAUUUAUGUUUAACGAAUGUUUUUAUACAUGUGUCUGGUUGUAGACACGGCCUAUCUUUGCUUCCAAAUUUUUUAGAACAAAAUAACCCCAAAUACAGAACUGUGCUCUGAUGCACUGUACAAGAUCUUAAUCAACAAACCAUUAGCACGGUGUGCAGUUUCAUGAAAGUGUUGAUUUAUUUUAAUAAGUACUCCAAGCAGUUGCUUUCGAGAGCUUAAAAACAAAGGAAAAGUCCAGUUGUCUAAUCCCAAAAGUGGUCGCGGUUGCUUACAGGAGCAGUCGCUCACAAGAGCUUUUCAUUACAAAGUUUAAGUCACAGUUCAAACAGGGUUUCGCAAAGGUGGUGUUAACUAGAGCUGGUCGCUUGGAAGAGUGGUCACAAGGAGAACUUCGACUGUAUCCUUUUCUCUUGAAAAUGUAUGGAAAUUAGGAGAAAAUUGAUGUUGGUCACUUUUGUUAAAUCCUUGUUUCUCUUGCAGCAAUUAAAAGACCUGCUGUAGACAACAGUGUUAUAGAGGAUGCAUCUGGCAAGCGGAUCAAACUGGAGUCUUCCUCGCCCGUGGCCACCUCUUACAAGAGCAGAUUAAAUGAAUUCUGUCAGAAGUUUCGCCUUUCCCUUCCGUCCUACGACACUGUAAAAACGGAAACAGGAAAAGGCUUCAUCACAACUAUUGUGUUCAACAAGAAAGUUUAUCAAAGCAAUGGCCCACAGCCCACUAAGAAGCUGGCUGAGCAGAAUGCUGCUCAAGUAGUUUUACACAUGUUGAACCAGUGUCCAGCACCCCCUCCUAACUGCCAGGAUUUUGUUGAACGUUGUAAGCAGCUGAGUUCACAAUCAGCACAGUCCAGUUCUACGGGGACAUCUGCAUCGACUACUUCCUUAACAAGUAAGUUCUUGUUGUUUCUAAAACUGCAAGGCCUUGUAAGUGAGUAACAAUGUAUCUUUACAGAAUAUUAACCAAGACAAUAUGAGGCCUGUAAAAAACAAAAUAGUUACCUUAAAUGACCUGAUAAACGCCCUAGGCGUUUAUUUAAUUUUUGAAAUCCAAGUAGGGGCGAUUUAUAAAUAGGAGGCAUUUAAAAGAGAAACGCGUUUAUUCUCAUAACUGUAGCAAGCGCAACAAAACAAAUAUGCUUUCAGCAAAAAUAUAAAGAGAGUUUUAAAAAAAUGCAGAAUAGAGUUCAUGUGAUAGUUAGUUCUUGAGUAUGGUACUUUGUAUGCAUUUGAAUUCAGUUGCCUGCUAGUCCACGGCAUUGGGUUAGCUGCGGCAUUCCGUCUGCUGCCACGUGGCCUUAGUGCAGCUUAUACAACAUGCAGAGUCUCAUUGUUUUCCUUCUACUUUGAAGAGAUUUCCAUCCUAGCUCAUCAAGUAGUGCUCCUACACUAGCCGUACGAUCAUAAUUCCUGUCAAUUUUAAGUUAAUGUCUUUUAAUCUCUUCAAAUAAUGUUGAUUAAUUGAAUUGUGCAACAUUGUUUCCUAAAGUACAGAUCUUAAACAGUUAAUAAUCCUUUGAAAGCAUCAGAAUGUUGUGACUUCUAUAUCUUGAUCCACGUAAAAUAAUUAUUGACCUCCUUUAGAGGUUUCAUUGAAAUAUUUUUUAGUAUGCUUCCCCCCUCCCGCCCCUGCCUUCCCUCCUGGGUGCGAACAAACUGGAGAAUGUGUUUUCACUUUUUUGUUAAAAAGAAAACGAAUUUAGUAUCAAUUUUCAAUGCAAAGAUUUGAAUUAUUCGAGGCUGGGCGCUUAUUAACUUUUUCUGCCUUUAGGAUGGGCGCUUAUUCGAGGUGGGUGCUAAUUCGAGGCUGGGCGCUUAUUCGAAUAAAUACGGUAAGCCCCCCCAAAUCGUAAGGCAAAAAACCCUCCCUUAAAUUGCCCCUCCAAAUAUAAGCCCCCCGGGGGGCUUGUACUUGGAAUUUGCCCUCGAAUACAAAGUAAAACAAAGCAAAAAUGGUAAAUUUCCUUUCCACUACAAUCUAGCCCAACCGAUUUUAUAACGCAAAUUUCCCUCCGUACAUAAGCCCCUCCGAAUAUAGGCCCCUCCAAAAAAUGCCUUUACCAUUCAGCUGAACCCACUUUCGCAGGGAUGGACCUUCGCUGAAUACGAGUUUUUUGGAGUUAUUUCUUUUUAUUUAGCCUCUAUUAGGAACUGAAAGGUUAAUUUUUGGGUCUGUUAUUUGUCAGAGUCAAGUUUUUAAUCGGGAUGACAUCCUUUUAUAAUUAUUGUCUGAAGCAACGUCUAGACAGAGUGAUUUGUCUGAGUAUCGCAAGAUGUUUUAUGAAAGAGACCUUGUUUGGUAUAGAUUUUGCGAUCCCACUGUAUCGUCCGUGAAUGACUCCUGCUUGUUGUUUGUAUAACUUGGAGUAUCUCCUAUGUACCAGUAUUUCACGGUGUCGAAAGCGUGCGCCUUUCAGGGUUUGGAAUGCAUUGUUUAUCACAGGCAUCGAACUGAUUAAGGGGGGGUUUCUUGAUCAGGAAGCGUGCUUAUUAUUGUGAAAAGCCAAAGUAUUUAUAUCUUAGUUGUGAAUUUUAGUAAAUUAUGAAAGGUGUGAUUGUCGUCUGCAACAGCUUUGCAAAAGUUAUUUCUUUAGUAUUGCUCAUCCCUCUUAAAGUGUAAGGUGUAAGUGAAAAUAAUAAUUUAUUAUAUUCCCUGUCUAUUUGAGUCCCAGUUUCUAGAAUUCAAGCGUUCAGUGUUUUGAUGCAAGAUCCACAGUACAAAAAAAAAAAAAUGUAAUGGAUUAGCUUAAGGCACUUUUCAACGCCUGAUCCUAUCAACAGUUUAUCCUGAACUAUGAAUACGCUGUUAUUGAAAGCUUGAGGGAGUAAGGCAUAGCGCAGAGCAGGCUUAGAAUUUCUCUUAGUUUUUAGUGUCCAUUAAACUGAUAAACAUUCUGAACGUCACUUCGACUUCUAGUCUACCACGUGUUGAAAUUUUUUGUGUGCGCCCUCCUUUGAGUGAAAUUCUUUCAUAUCAAUUCAUAUCCCGGGGGGUGGACUCCUCAUAUGAAAGGGGUGGGGAUGCUCUUCGUCUCGCUUAGGGGUGUUAAUUUCGAAUUUGGUCUCACUGAGGGUGUUCUGGGCAAAACGCCAUCAUAUUUAACCGUGAAGGUCUUGUUUAGGGUUGCACGUGAAAAAAUAUUAAAAUAUUAUAUUGUCUGUGUUUUAACAUGGUCUCUUUUAGGGGUCAAAAAAAGCCUGGGCCACGCCCAGAUCGGUCUCCUUGAGGGGUUUAAUUCAAAAUUUCCGACGAGCAACCCCACCCCUUUCACAUACGGAGUCCCCCCCGGGGUCCAUGUGCGGUUUUUCAAAACCACCAAUUUCCACACUUCCCCCCACCCCCACCUCCUGAAAAAAAAAAAGAACGGCCCCUUACUUGUUUGAUAUAGGCUUAGUAUUGCAAACUAAGACAAUGUGAAUUUGUUUGGUCACUAAAGCGAAAUCCCGUCAAGAUGUAAACGAAUUCAGUGAUUAAUAAUUGGUUUGUGUUUAUUUUCAGCGUCUGUAGCAGUGGCGCAGAUCCCUUUACCAUCGGCGCCAGCACCAGCAGCCGGACAAACACCUGCUUCUACAUCCCAAACGAAUCCUGCGUCGACAGUCCAAAGUACGGCAUCUUCCACAAUCACGCGUUUCUCUAGUCCAAUAGUCGAAAAGAUUACCACACCAAUGACGCAGCCAUCGGUAACGGCAGCGGCUGCCAUAGAAAAACCGACUACUGCCUUCACCUCACACAAGAACACAUUGCAAGAGUACUGCCAGAAGUCCAAGAUAGCCAUGCCUGUGUACUUCAGCCAUCGUGAAAACGGCGUAUUUACAUGCACCGUGCAUGUGGCAGGGGUAACCUACUCAAGUACCAGUUGCAAUACCAAAAAGGGAUCCGAACAGACCGCCGCUAGCGUGGCACUGAAGGCCUUGGGUCUAAUGUAACCCUACUGGAUUUCUUACUGACUUUUAUGCGCGUUUGGUGUUGGACUCCGUGAGCAUUAAGGUAUGGAGAUAUUAGACAAAUAUUAUUUUUUAUUUUUACUCUACUGGAUUGAACGCAGUCCAGAUGAGUUUGUUGAGCGCGCUGAAAAAGGUUUAGAGUAUGAAAAGUAACGUCAACAUUGUUCCUACAAUCCGUGAGGUGUGGUUCAUUUAAUUUUUCCGAUGGCUUUUGUUAUUCGACGCGAUAUUUGAUAUCACCCUUUUCCUCAUAAUUCGUAAAAAUUAUGUGGACGUUUCCUUGUGCCAAAGGAGGUAGCUCUCUCAAGUUUGGCGCCGGAACGAGGGGCUGUCUGUUUUAACAUUUCUUUUUUAGAAAAGAACGUUUUGUUGUUUCGAAGGGGAGACUCUUUUGUUUAGGCAGUAUUUACGGAAAUUAAAUUGCUCUUAGAAAAGUUGGCAGCUGGACAUAGAAGUCUUUACAAUAGUUUCUGGCUGUCAGAAUCUCGUGUCAAAGUAGUAGGAUUCUGCGUUACUUUUUAAAGUUCCCCCAUAAAAAAAUUCAAAUGAUUUUUAUUUGUAACCGGGGUACUUCUCGCCUCCAGAAUCCCUUAAUGAACUGAGCACCUUUCAGCGUGAUUAUCUUGGAUCGUUUGUGGGACCAGUAUGAUUGAUGAUCGGUUAAAGAUAAAUUCGCCUUUUCUGAAACGACCUCAGAAUUUUAGUGCCCUGAAAGCUGGUCACAACCUCCAAAGUUAGAGCUUCUAGAGCGGCCAAUUCAGUAUUCGAUUGGGUGAAUAACUGGACUUGUCAUUCAGUUCUUCAGUUGUGACAACGUUUAAAGCGAAUGCCGAGCUGGCCAACAGUAGAUUGUCGUUUUUUUAAAUGUUACUUUGAGCUCCCGUUUUUCGAAUUUCGAGUAUGUCGACUAACAGUUAAAAGGAUAUGAAAAGAAAGAUUUAGCAUUUACUUCACUAAAACUUGAUUAACUGACCUAAAGGAGAGAAAGGCAGUGAAUAUUUCAAGUCAACUUUUUGGUUAGGGUUUUGUGAUAUCCGAAAUAAUCAAGGUACUGGUAAGUGUUAUCAGUCUAUGCCGAUAACAACCACCUUUACCUUGAUUAUUCCGGAUAUCACGAAAACCAAAUCUAAUAAUUAUUUUAUUACGCAUUGUUUUGAAGUAAAUUGCGACGAAAACACCUUCGCAUGGAACACAUUUUGAAAUUGUUCUAAAGAAUCAUGCAUUGCGCGCGCAACCUACAGAUUACAUUGUAGUCAGUUAUCUGCUAGCAGAUAGCUGUAGUUUAUCUGUAGGUUGCGCUGAUUUCAAAAAUAACUGUAGGCUGUUAGCCAAUGAAACGACAGAUAGCGAGUGCAAUGUAUAAUAUUAUGUCCAAUCAAACUACUUCAUCUUCAUUUGAACGAUCGUAAUAUGGGUAGUUUUAAAUUGCUCUAAAGAAAAAAAACUUAAUAAUCAUAUAAAUUGGCCAAAAUUGAUCCAUCCGUUGAACUAGUCGUUUGUCAAGAGGUGGUUUACUGAGCCCAGUUUUAAAGUUUUACGAACUGGAAACUGAAGAAAAGUAGUUCUUAAUCUAAGCACAGAAUAAAAGACGUGAUCUUCCCACAGGAAAUAAAUCUUCUCGCUGUUUUGUCUAUAAGGAUAUAACACUCCUGAAUGCACGUUAUUCUUUAAUUGCUAACGAAACUCCCCUCCAAAAGUUAUGAAAAUACACCAUUGUUAGCCGCUUUGUUGCAUGAUGCUUAUCCUGCAAAACAGGCGCUUUUUUCGCGUUUUCAGGCGAGCGCGAGACCUGCCCUCGUCGUGCGCGUCUCGCGCUCCACAUUUGCUCUGUGGUCGCCUGAAAACAAGAAAAAGUAGCGCCGGUUUUACAGGCAAGAUUCUGCUUAUCAGCUUGGCCUCUUGAUGUUACGUCAUUCUGCCCAGCGGGAACAUGGCGGGAAGUUGCUAAAAGGUAACCCUCAGUAAGACUGAGUUGAACAGGUAGGCUUCUUUUUCGGAACAAUUGUUUGGUAAACGCUCCUUCGUAGUUGCGUCCCACCGAUUCACACCUUGGGCGGAAUGAUGUCACAUUCGGAGGUUAGGCUGCCAAGCAAAAAAAAAAAAGACAAUUACGCCAAUCGGAUAGGCUUUCUAAACGAAGUAAACGGACAGUAUUUCAACAUCGCAUCUUCAUUUUCUUUGUGUGUCAUAAAAUGCACUUACAUAAUGCCCUAUCCGGAUUGACAAAACAGUGAAGUGAUUGAUUUAUCUCUUGUUGGUUCGUCAUGUCUUCUUGCAAUCAAAUUCGCCUUUCCAAACAGCAGAAUUUUGAAAAUUUCUUUGGUGUUCCCAGUCCCCUAUUUUUCUUUAAGAUCGUGGAGAUCGAAGACUUUGCGUUACUGGUGGCCAUUUUGAAUGAGGGUCAAAUCUACUUAGCCUGCCCCCCCUUGGUACAUAUGAAACCAAGAUGGCCGCCCGUACCGGUCAGCGCUCGAUUUUGGCGAUCGAACGAGAAAAUAGGGGACUGGGAACAGUCUAGAAAAUCGCAGCAUCAUGUAGAAACUGUUGUCGUAGUUAAAGCAAUUGCUACAUGUCUUGUGUCCUCUCAUUUGUUGACGAUGUUCGCGUAAUUAAAUCGUUGUUAACCGAUUUACACUUUGAUAAAAUUAAUAGCUUUAGGCCUUCCUCCUCAGACACUCGUUUAGUUUGUGGCGAUGAAAAACCGCUGAGCAAAGUGUAGAGGACAGCGUUUCUUCGUCGUCUUCAGUCACUUUUUUCAGCGGACUCUCCUCAAACUCCGAGUCUCGGCGGAGGAGUGUUACAAGUUACAUUCGCACAAAGUAGAGAUAAAGUUGUGUUUGUGCUAAAGUACCGUAUCUCUCGUGAUGAAGAAUACGUUAAAUAUUUGUUCGGAAAAAUGUUGUAACUUGUAAGUAGCAUACGUCGUUGAAAUAAAUUAUCAGUUCAGUGAUAAAGCAGUG